GAGGGAAGGGAAGUGGGUGUAACAGACCAUGCAUAGAAUAGAAUUUUCGAAAUUUUCAUUUCUUAAUUUUCACUCUUCACUCUUGUGCAUUGUCAAUGAAAAGCGGAAUUGAACUUUGAGCGGAAUCAAGCGACCGGAAAAAAAGAGACCAAUGACCAAUAUUUGUUUUGUUUCAAUCCUUAUUUGAAAUUUGAAACAAUUUGGCGUCUCGUGGAAAACGUUAAGGAAGCUCACAUCUGGAUUAGAUACAGAAUAUUAGGCGUUGUGCUGCAAGCUUCAUUACGACAUUUUGUGCUUUUAAGAGUGACGGAAGAAUUAUUGAGGUUUGUGGACAAACAUGGGUGGCAUGGACAAAACUGAAAGCAGCGAGGCGAGUUUUUCCUCUGAUGCCACCAAUGCCCAUGAGUGCUGCCAGAAGAAGUCAAAGGAGCCUCUUCUGAUUGACUUGUAUGAUGGUGAGGACGUUCACAGAGGGCUGGAAGAACAUUCGUCAGCUUAUGAAAGCCGAAGGGAGAAAAGCAAGUCUCCUAGGCUAGAAGAUAAUGACAUAGAGGAUAUUAAGGUCAUUUAUUGCCAAUCCGUCAAACAAACCUCUGAAAUCAUGAUCAUGCCACAUCCAAACACUUCAUGUUCGUUUGUUGGUGUUCCCUUGACGGUCAGCGAGGAGAAAGAUGAAGUGGUCUUCGUUAAGGCUGUGAAGAAACAAGACAAUUUGAAAAAUGUCAAAUUAAUUGACAUUUCAGACGACCCAACGGACCCACCUGUUGUGGUCGAGCCACAGAAUAAUACACCAACCAAACCCAAGACUGAAAACCUUAACACCAAAGUAGCUGUGAUUGAGCCUCGGAAUUCUAACAGGUGGCGUACAUUUCUCAGUCCUCAAGGAGCAGCUUCAGAUCUUGUUAAAACUUUGCUCUCGCGUGGCAUUCAACGUGCCAGACUGUCACAUAAAAACUAUUACCAGUGGGAAAUAAACGUCUUGAACAACGCGCAAUACCAAUGGCUCAGUGACUUCACUGUGAACCGCCAGGGAGAUCAUGAGGAGAAGCAGAACUACUGCUGGAGAGUCCGGGAUUACACACGGAACGCUCUCUUUUCUCUCGCCAGACAAAUGAGCUGUGAGAGCAUUUUGGGAAGGAUGAUAAUUAUGAAUUUCCAUGAUCACAAUGCAAGGAAGUAUCAAAACAGGACUGCGUUUGGAACUCCCAAGAAAAAUGCUCAAGCAGUUGCUAAGGCAAAUAACAGGCCAACAACCACGACUGACGCUAAUGCUCCUCUAAUUCAGGUUAAAAACGAAGAUCUCACCUCUGAAGUCAAAACGAAAAUUGAACCAAAGUGACGAGACAGCAAUAGUGGCGUCAAUGCGAAGUACCUGGAUCAAGAAUACAAAUGACAUUCUGUUUCCUACCUGAAUCUUGAGUUCUAAGUAAUUUAACGAUUUCAACGUAUUGAUAUGAACUUAAAUAUCAAAUUCAAAUAAGAUAAUGCUUUAUUUCUCAUAAUGAAGAGACUGAUCAAUAGCUAGCUAGAACAGCUAACCAUUAAUCUUUUUUCCCAAUUCGGCACUUUGCUCCCAAAUUGAAGUUUCUCAGCCUCUGCCUGGCGCUCGUACGGCUUUUGCAAAAUCCGCUCGAUUAAUCGGACUUUCUCGAAAUUCCCUUUUUCCGCCUCUGCAAUAGCCUCUUGCGCCAUCCAGUUUUUUAACACAUAACACGGAUUUACGCUCUGCAUCACACUUUGUCUCCGUGCCUCAUCCACUUCCUCUGCCUGCAGAGCGUCUUUGUAUUUUUGUAAAAACGCGUCAAAGUGUUUGUGCCGUUUUGUCUCUAGCAAAGCCCAAAACUUGUCUUCAACCUCUUCUACUUUGUAAAUGUCAACCUGUUUUUAAAUUGUUAAGUUUUAUGACGAAUAUCACUGACUAGAACCAUUUACCUCUGACAAAUCACGGAAUGUUGCGGUAAAAUCUGCUUUGGACUCUUCCAUUAUUAAUAAAAGUUGCUCAACAACGUCAUAA